UUUCUGAUGAACUACAGUCACAGUCAUGAUGUGCCUCACUCCUCAAGUAAAAAACACAAGAAUGCAGUCUUUAAGAUGCUUAAGCGCACAGUCAUUUCUCUGAUUAAAAAUGAACUAAAGAAGUUUAAGAAAAUGCUGAGCCCAGAUUACCCACAAUGCUCUGUGAGAGAGGAAGAGGAUGACGAAGGUCAGACCGAUGUCAGAGAUGCGGUUCUGAAGAUCACACUGCACGUCCUGAGGAAGAUGAACCAGACAGACCUCGCCAACACAUUACAGACCAAACUGACCCCCAUGGGUCAACACAUACUAAAAUCCAAUCUGAGGGCGAAAUUUUGUAAAAUUCAUGAAGGAAUUUCACUGCAAGGAAAAACAACUCUUCUGCAUGAGAUCUACACAGAGCUCUACAUCACAGAAGGAGGGAGGGGAGAGAUGAGUUGUCAACAUGAGGUGAGACAGAUUGAGACAACAGCCUGGACACCAGAGACACCGGAAGCACCAAUCAAAUGCAAUGACAUCUUUAAAGCCUUACCUGGACAAAACAAGCCCAUCAGAUCUGUACUGACUAAAGGAGUUGCUGGAAUUGGAAAAACAAUCGUUGUGCAGAAUUUCAUUCUGGACUGGGCUGAAGGAAAAGACAAUCAGAAUGUCCACUUCAUAUUUCCACUUCCUUUCAGGGAGCUCAAUUUGAUGAAGGAGAAAAAUAUUAGUCUGAUGGAGCUUCUCCGUCAGUUUUUCACAGAGCUAAGAUUACCAAAUUGUGAUGACUAUAAAAUCAUGUUCAUAUUUGAUGGUCUGGAUGAGUGUCGACUUCCUCUAGAUUUCCAGAACAAUGAUAUCUUAUGUGAUGUAACAGAGUCAGCCUCAGUGGAUGUUCUCCUGACGAACCUCAUUAAGGGCAAUCUGCUUCCAUCUGCUCUCCUCUGGAUCACCUCUCGACCAGCAGCAGCCAAUCAGAUCCCUGCCGAAUGUGUCGACAAGAUCACAGAAGUACGAGGUUUCAAUGACCCUCAGAAGGAUGAGUAUUUCAGGAAGAGAAUCAGUGACCAGAGUCUGGCCAAUAGAAUCAUCACACAUGUCAAAUCAUCAAGGAGCCUCUACAUCAUGUGUCACAUCCCAGUCUUCUGCUGGAUUUCAGCCAAUGUUUUAGAGAGAAUGUUGAGUGAAGCAGAGAGUGCAGAGAUCCCCAAGACUCUCACUCAAAUGUUCACACACUUUCUAAUCUAUCAGAUCAAACGAAGAAGCCAGAAAUACCAAGAAAACGUUGAUAUAGAUCUUCAGCAGACAACAGAGAAUGUAUUUUCCCUGGGAAAACUUGCUUUUCAACAGCUAGAAAAAGGCAACCUGAUCUUCUAUGAGGAAGACCUCAGAGAGUGUGGUAUUGAUGUCAGAGAAGUGUCAGUGUAUUCAGGACUGUGUACCCAGAUCUUCAGAGAGGAGUUUGGACUGUACCUGGGGAAGGUGUACAGCUUUGUACAUCUCAGCUUUCAGGAGUUUCUUGCUGCUUUAUUCAAGUUUCUUUCCUUAAUCCUAAAACCUACCAAGCAUUUUAAACUAUUUAGCUCCACAAUGACUGAUUUGCUAAAAAGAGAAGUGGACAGAGCCUUGCAGAGUGACAAUGGGCACCUGGACCUUUACGUUCGAUUCCUUCUGGGCCUCUCAUUGGAGUCAAAUCAACGUCUCUUACAAGGCCUACUGACACAUACCGGGAAUGUAUGCCUAAUAAACAAACAAAAAAUCAUUAAAUAUCUCAAGGAGAAAAUCAAGGAUAAUCCCUCUCCAGAGAAAUCCAUCAAUCUGUUCCACUGUCUGAAUGAACUGAAUGAUCAUUCCCUAGUGCAGGAAGUCCAAGCAUACCUGAAGGAAACAGGUCCCAGUGGUCUCUCUGGAGUGAAACUCUCUCCUGCUCAGUGGUCGGCUCUGGGGUUUGUGUUGCUGAACUCAGAAAAUGAGCUGGAUGAGUUUAAGCUGAGUAAAUAUGAUCAAUCAGAAGAAUGUCUUCUGAGACUGCUGCCAGUGGUAAAAGCUUCUAGAAACGCGGAGCUGUGUGAUUCUAAUCUGACUGAGAAGAGCUGUUCAGCACUGGCCUCAGUCAUUAGCUCAAACUCCUCAAGUCUGGCUGACUUGGACAUGAGCAACAACAACCUGCAGGAUUCAGGAGUGAAGCUGCUCUGUGCUGGACUGAAGAAUCCACAAUGUAAACUGGAGACAUUACAGUUGUCAAACUGCUGUAUUACACUGGAUGGUUGUGCUGCUUUGGCUUCAGCUCUGAGAACAAAUCUCUCACACUUGAGAAAACUGAAUCUCAGUGACAAUACACUUGGAGACCCAGGAGUAAACCUGCUGUCUGGUCUCCUGGAGGAUCCACAAUGCAAACUGGGCAAACUAUACCUUAGUAACUGCAGUAUUGGAGAGGAAGGUUUUGCUGCUUUGGCUUCAGCUCUAACAUCAAACCCCUCACACCUUAGAGAACUAAACCUGGGUAUGAAUAAACCAGAAAAUUCAGGAGUAAAGAUGCUCUCUCAUCUACUGGAAAAUCAAAACUGCAAACUAGAGAAACUACAGUUGUUUAAGAGCAGCAUUAGAGAAGAAGGAUUUGCUAUUCUGGUAUCAGCUCUGAGAUCAAACCCCUCACACCUGAGAGAACUAGAUCUGAGUGGAAAUGAACCAGGAGAUUCAGGAGUGAAGGUGCUCUCUGAUCUACUGAAGGAUCCACACUGUAAACUGAAGACACUACAACUGUCUAACUGCAGUAUUGGAGAGGAAGGUUCUGGCUCUCUGGCUUUAGCUCUGAGAUCAAACCCAUCGUACCUGAGAGAGUUUGAUCUCAGCUCAAACAAACCUCAAGACUCAGGAGUAAAGCUGCUCUCUAAUCUACUGGAGGAUCCACAGUGUAAACUAGAGAAACUGAAGUUGUGUAACUGCAGUAUUGGAGAGGAAAGUUGUUCUGCUCUGGCUUCAGCUCUAAGAUCAAACCCCUCACACCUAAACGAGUUGAAUCUCAGCUCAAACAAACCUCAAGACUCAGGAAUUAAGCUGAUAUCCAAUCUACUGGAGGAUCCACAGUGUAAACUAGAGAAACUAACGUUGAGUAAAUGCAGUAUCGGAGAGGAAGGUUGUUUUGCUCUGGCUUCAGCUCUGAGAUCAAACCCCUCACACCUCAGAGAACUGAACCUAAGCUUGAAUAAACCUGGAAACUCAGUGAAAUUCUUGUCCGAUCUUCUGGAAGAUACAAAUUGCAAACUGGAGUCCCUCAAACUCUAGGCUCCAUGCAUUUGACCUGCUUGACACUGUCCUACACUAGUUUCUUUGUCUCCACUGCCUACAAGCUAUAAUCAAAGAAUAUUUUGCAUCCACACUGCUUCAGUCAGGUGGCUUCAGCUCUGCUAUUUCUAGAUAAAACUCACUCUCUCACUUACAUUUUAUAAGAAAGUUGCAGUAAUGAACACAUUAACCAUGAAUUCUGACAGUGACACAGAAACUAACAAGACAAAACUUCUUUAAUACUAUGAAUAACAGUACAUUUAAUUGACUCUUAGUUAAAGCAAUACAUUUUAUCAAUGCUUACAGUAUUUAGUUUGUUACAUCAUUAAUUCAAUUUUACUGAACACAUUUUCACACUUUGACAAAACAUCAGCUGGUCCAGUGCAUAAAACACUGACGCUGUGGACACCUGUCUCAGCUAUACAUCUCCAUGCACAAUACUGUUUUCAUCAUGUGUCUACUUCAUUUGAUUGAACAUAUUAACAGAAAUGAAUUAAUAAAUA